AUGCCUACGGCAUCAAAUCUGAAGCGGCCAAAAACAAGCAUAAUAAAAUUUACCUUGAAUAUGGAGGGUCGGCACGUCUUAUUUGAAGCAGAUGCUUGGUUGAAUGUGGAAGCGAUCCAACUUUGCUCGUCGGUCAUCAUUAUGCAUUGUCUCGAGCUUAAGCAGCAAGCAGAAGUGCUGUACUCCGUUGCGCUGCAAGCCUCGAUGUCCUUGCGCCAGCUCGAUUUGAUGAAACAGAAGUUGUGGCUGCAGGGAACAAAGAUAGAAGGUCUCAUGAGGUUCUAUAGAGAGUAUAAGAUAUCACUCAUGGUCAACUCGGCGGGAGUCUAG